AUGUCGCGAUGUGACAUAUUUUAUACCUUGUGCGUUCUAUUAGCGCUAACUGUGACGCUUAUAUCCUGCGAUUGUCCUGACGAGCGCAAAGAACAAGAUCACGAUGAAAGUAGGCUAAAUAACGAUUUACUUUGCGCAUAUAACUACGAUUCAAGACCUGUCAAGGACCAUAAAAGUUCAAUAGAAGUGUCCGUUCGUCUUGCUCUAAAAUACAUUAGCUUUGACUCUUUAGAGGAAACGUUUACCGUCCACAGCUGGGUGGGAAUGAUGUGGCAAGAUGAGUUUUUAACGUGGAUCCCUUCUGACUACGGCAACAUUGAAAAAGCGCAGUUGGAGAGCCACCGAAUUUGGACACCAAGAAUGGCAUUGUACAACGCAGACCCUACUACGUAUCCAUCGGACCAGAUUUACACGACAUGUUUGGUUACGCACGAGGGUGUCGUUACUUGUGUGCCUCAUAUAGCACACUCAGGCAUUUGCCGCACAACGCUACGAAAAUGGCCGUAUGACAUGCAAAAUUGUACGCUGUACUUUGGUUCGUGGAUGAAUACAGGUGAACAGGUCAAUUAUACCUUUUACAAACAAAGAUCGAUCAUCCGCGACGACUUUCAAGAUGGACCAGGUUGGAAACUCUUGGACGUUAUACCCGAACGUUUGCCAGGCAAAUAUAGUUGUUGUCCUAAUAAUACGUAUCCAAUGUUAAAAUAUACAUUUAUGCUAAAGAGAAUAGCCGCAGGACCGGCAGCAAUGGUUGUUGUGCCUUCGGUAGUCAUCGUGAUGCUUACAUUGAUUUCUUUGGUAUUGGAUGUCAGAGAUAAUAUACGUUUAGUAUUAAUUUGCUUCAGUUUAUACGGACAUUUUACCUUCCUCACCGAAAUCGGUUAUCAAAUUCCUAAACACAGUGCAGAUACUCCGAUAAUACUUCUGUUUCUUCGAGAUUCCAUGAUUGUUACGGUUGUCGGAAUUUUCGAAACUUUACUAUUGAUGUAUUUAAGACGACAGGUUACAACAGCGCCGGGGUGGAUUAUAUCAUUGAACAGGUUGGUUAAAAGCGGUCCCGCUAAAUAUGUAGUGUUUACAGAAUUCGACCAGAGCGAGCUCGGCGAUACUAAAAACUUGACGGAGGAUAAUACUAACGUAGGUGAAGAGAAAGCGAGUGCUCGCGUUGACUGGAUCCAGUUUGCAAAUCUGCUCAACAGCGCUCUGUUUAUCGUGGCAGUAGUGGUGUAUUUUGUUUUAAUUUGCGUCUACAUACCUUACGAUAAAUGA